CCCGGGGUUGAGCCGCGCCCAGGUGUCCCGGCCCGUGCGCGCGCGAGGGUGUGUGUCCGCGCGGGCGAGCGCCGCGCCGGCCCCGAGCCUCCCGCUCGCUCCCCCGGGCCGCGGUGCAUGUUCGCCUCCUGCCACUGUGUGCGGAGAGGCGGGAGGACCAUGAAAAUGAUCCACUUUCGGAGCUCCAGCAUCAAAUCGCUCAGCCAGGAGAUGAAAUGCACCAUCCGGUUGCUGGACGACUCGGAGAUCUCCUGCCACAUCCAGAGGGAGACCAAAGGGCAGUUUCUCAUCGACCACAUCUGCAACUACUACAGUUUGCUGGAGAAGGACUACUUUGGCAUUCGCUAUGUGGACCCAGAGAAGCAAAGGCACUGGCUCGAACCUAGCAAGUCCAUCUCCAAGCAAAUGAAAUCUCAUCCACCAUACACCAUGUGCUUUAGAGUGAAAUUCUACCCACAUGAACCCUUGAAGAUUAAAGAAGAGCUCACAAGGUACCUUUUGUACCUGCAAAUUAAAAGAGAUAUUUUUCACGGUCGGCUGCUGUGCUCCUUUUCUGAUGCCGCCUACCUGGGUGCUUGUAUCGUUCAAGCUGAGCUCGGUGAUUACGAUCCUGAUGAACAUCCAGAGAAUUACAUCAGUGAGUUUGAGAUUUUUCCCAAGCAGUCACAGAAGCUGGAAAGAAAAAUAGUGGAAAUUCAUAGAAACGAACUCAG